AUGUUCGGCCCACGUGUCAGCCUAAUAACAGCGCACCACUGUUUGUCGACGGCGCGGCAGCUGCGAAGUUCCGUUCGGCCCCCUCGCCACGCUCCAGCGGGCGCCCGCUCCACUUCUCUUCCUGCAGCGCGCCUUCAACAACAGCCCGACGGCGGCAAGACACCGGCCGGCCGGGAGGCCGACGAGCAGGCUUCGUUGCGAGGGACGUAG